ACUGUUAUGCGCUUCUCAGUGAGCCACCUCUGCUUUAAAGAGACUGUGACUGGAGCCCAUCGCCAGCAGUCACCACUGAGGUUUGACGAUGUGUGUCCGCGGUUUUCUGCUGUGUCUGCUAUCCGCUCUUCAGCUCGGCUCCUGGGCUCAGUAUGCUCCCGAUGAGGUCACUCAUCUUCCGGGCAUGACGUUCAAACCCAACUAUAGCCAGUGGUCUGGAUACCUGAAGGCAGGAACUGGGAAGUUUCUCCAUUACUGGUUUGUUACUUCUCAGAGGAAUCCGGCCGAAGACCCCCUAGUUCUCUGGUUGAACGGAGGUCCUGGCUGCAGCUCUCUGGAUGGAUUUUUGUCAGAAAACGGACCAUUUCAUGUUAAUGAUGAUGGAGCCACUCUUUACGAGAACAAAUACAGCUGGAACAGGAUCGCCAAUGUGCUGUACCUGGAAUCCCCUGCAGGAGUUGGAUACUCCUACUCUGAUUCCCAGCAAUAUGACACAGACGAUGAUCAGGUCGCUGAUGAUAAUUACAAAGCCCUUCAGAGUUUCUUUGCCAAGUUCCCAAACUUCACCCAGAACGAGUUCUUCAUCUUUGGGGAGAGUUACGGAGGCUUUUAUGCUCCCAUGCUGAGCCUGCGUGUGGCCAAAGGAAAGGCUAAAAUCAACUUCAAGGGCUUUGCAGUGGGCAAUGGUCUCAGCAGCUUUGCUCUCAAUGAUAACUCUUUGAUCUACUUCGGUUACUACCAUGGCCUGUUUGGAGAAGUAUUGUGGCGUGAUCUGAAUACGAACUGCUGUGAUAAGGAGAAUUGUAACUUUUAUAACAGUACUUCUGAGACCUGCAAGACAAUGGUAAAUGUAGCUUUUGGUAUUGUGUAUGAAAGUGGACUCAAUGAGUAUGCCCUCUACCUGGACUGCGAGGGGCAGAGAGCGUACCACAAAGGAUAUCAAAGGGCCAUGAGUCAUCUGUUUAGGAACUACAAGAGAAACCCACACAGCUACAAGCUUUUAGAUUCUAGGACGUCCUCCAUUUCUUUGAUGGGGGUCCCCCCCUGCAUUAACAGCACUGCUCAGACAAACUGGCUGAACAGGGGCGACGUGAGGAAAGCUCUGCACAUCCAAGACACUCUGCCAGCUUGGGCUCUUUGCAGUGAUGAAGUUGGAGACCAUUACUCAAUCUUGUACGAGAGCAUGAAGGAUGUUUAUCUAAAGUUGCUCUCUCUGGACCUGCGUGUGCUGGUCUAUAAUGGAGACACAGACAUGGCCUGUAACUUCCUAGGAGACCAGUGGUUUGUGGAGGAUCUUGGCUUUAAGGCAACCAGCAGCUACCAGAAGUGGAUUCACGACAACCAGAUUGCCGGUUUCUAUCAGCAGUUUGGAAACAUCACUUUCCUGACGGUUAAGGGUGCAGGCCACAUGGUUCCUCAGUGGGCGCCAGGUCCUGCUUUCCACAUGUUUGAGUCCUUCAUAACAAACGGUCCCUACUGAGUCCUCCAUGCUCUACAACCACAAUUCAAGAUUUUUUUC